AUGUCUCCGUCUCCGGCCUCAGGCGCGGAUGAGUCUCGCGGCGCGCAGACUUCGACAAGGCGCACUACCAGAGCAUGUGAUUCAUGUUAUAAGCGGAAGAUCAAAUGCGACGCCGCGGUGCCGCAAUGUAACUGGUGUAGCCAUCAUGAUAUACCAUGCACAUUCGAAAGAGUCGUUCGAAGGAGGCGGAAAGAGAGCACGGAAGCCAGACAACACAAGAGCUCGCGGCUCGCGGAGCGUAUUAGCAGAAUAGAGAAGCUGCUGUCGGAGAAUCUCCUGAGAGAAUCAGUGCCGAGUCUGUCACCGAGCAGUUCGGAGCUCGAGUCACCACUACCUCCCCCACACCCUUUCCAGUGGUCUGGAUCUUCCGCCGCAGCGCUGCAUUUCGCAGGCCGGGAGUUGGGCGUCACCAGCCUGAUUACGGGAAUCCCGUUUCUGCUCCCAGAAGGCCGAGAAUGGAUUCAAGCACGCACUGGACAGCGUAUGACCCUCGACAAACCUGGCUAUGCCCGACCACUAUGGGAGAAACAGAGUGCAUCCAAUCCGAACCGGCAUUUGGCCAAUAUGCAGCCUCAUGAUCUGUAUAACCUCCCGGAUCGACAAAUCGUCGAGUGUCACCUCAACAUCUUCCGAACCACCCUGAUGCAGCGAGUCUUCCCAAUCGUGGACCCAGUCUUGUUCACCGAGACGAUUGAUGCCGCGUACUCGCAGCCCAGGGCUGGCCUGGAACGAGCUGACGUGCGGGCCUGUCUCUUCUCUUUUCUUGGCUUUGUUUCCAUGCUCCAAGUACCGGAAUACAAGAAUCGACCCUUGGAUCUGCCGCCCCUGGACAGCGAGAAACUCGCCGUGACGGCACAAUGCCUGAUUCCCCAAAUUCUGCGUGGGGAUGCGACUAUGCAAGGACUGGAAGCGGUAACCAUUAUGGCGCUCUUUGAACUGGUGACAGGGAAUCUGCGAACCGCCAACCACUACGGCUCCAUCGCAGCACGACUAUUGUACAUACUAGGGGGCCAUAAAUUUCCCCCUUCACCAAAAUUUUACCCGGUCUCGCCUGCAGAGCAACUGGAGUACCGGAGGAAGUGGCAUGUGAGGAAUCUGUUCUGGCUUUCCUACAGUAUCGAGAAGGAUGUUUCCCUCCGGACAGGGCAGCCCGAGGUCCUGAACGACGAGAAUUGCGACUUGACCUUACCCUCCGGAUAUGUAGAGCAGUUGUACGUCAGUCUCGGCAUCCACCACCAUUCCCAGGAACUGCCCGAAGCUCCAAUGUUCCCCGUGGACCUCCGGCUGAGCAUUAUCAAGUCGCGCGCCUACAGCGCCCUAUACUCCUUCCGGGCACUUCAGAAGACAGACGCAGAGGUUCUCAAGGAGAUCCGCGAGCUGGACGACGAGCUCGAACGAUGGCGGAUCUCGGUGCCGUCCGAAUGGCGGCCGACUCUCUCUUUCUCCCACGAAACCCCGGACCCAAACGUCAGCAUGCACUCGGUGAUGCUCCGGCUGAACUACCACCUCUGUAUGACAAUCAUCCACCAAGCCAGCAGCAGAUGCAAAGCCUGGGUCGAGGGCCACGGCGGGAUGAUCGAGGGCGUCAGCUCCAGCCUGGCCCUGUCGGUCGAAGCGAGCCGCUCGACUUUGCUCUACCUGCAGGCAGCGGAGCACGUCCUCGUCGACGGCGUUUUCUGGACCCUCAUUUUCUACCCCAUGUCCGCUCUCAUCUCAAUCUUCUGCAACAUCCUCCAGAACCCCAUCGACCCGCAGGCCACCAAAGACCUCGGGCUUCUGCAGGCGGCAACGAGUAUCAUGGAGCGCGUCUUCCUGCGGCAACUGUUUUCCAUCGACGAGGUGGUCCACAUCAAGCAGGUUGCCGAUUUCGUGACCGAGCUGUAUCGGCUCGCGGUCUGCGCGGUCGAAAAGGCUGUAAAGGAGCGCGAUGAAAUGGUCUAG